GGAAAGCUUCAACAUAAUCGCAGCAGAUAGAAUAAAGGCAAUCGCAGCCAGCAAUUUCUACCUUCUCUGCGAAUUCUAGGGCGAAAGAAAUCUGUCUGUCUUGAGCGAAGAUGAUCGAGGUGGUGCUGAACGACAGGCUCGGGAAGAAGGUGCGGGUGAAGUGCAACGAUGACGAUACCAUCGGCGACCUCAAGAAGUUGGUGGCGGCUCAGACUGGAACCAGAGCCGAUAAGAUAAGGAUCCAGAAGUGGUAUAACAUCUACAAGGAUCACAUCACGCUCAAGGACUACGAGAUUCAUGACGGCAUGGGCCUUGAGCUCUACUACAAUUAAUUUCUUUCUGUCUCUGGUUCGUGUUUUGAAGCUUUGUAAUUCGAUUAUCUUCUCUUUUUUUUUUCUUUUUUCUUUUUUUUUAAAUAUUUUCAAAUCUCAAAUCAGCAUGUCUACUUUUAUCUG